AUGAAUCAAGAAGCUUCAGAACAAGACCAGACUAAGAAAACACGCAAAUCAAAAACAGACUACAAAAGGGUAUCACGGAUCUCGUCUCAGAAAAAGGGUGGGGAUGAAGAAUACACAAGCAGAGAUAAAAAGUUGGCAGAGGAAAAGAGAAAGAAUAUCAUUAAAAAUGAGGAUUUGUUCGUGGGGUUAACGUUGCAUAAACGUGGCUGUCUGGUGGGUGUGUACGUGGAGUGUGAUAUACUGCGAUGGAUUAUCUUUGCCAAGGUACAUUGCAAUGAAUGA